AUGACAACCAUACAAAGCAACCGCGACAAAAAGCCUACCCUCUCACCCACAGAAGAAGACAUUGAAAUAUUCCAUGAACCCCCCGAUCGAAAUCUGCAACAGAUCCAUCGCCAGACUGAUCUAAGAAUUCUACUAUGGUACUCGUUUGUGUACCUGAUUAUGCGAAUCGAUGUGACCAACAUCUCCAACACGGCUAUUAUCAAUUCCGAGGAGGGCAAUGGAAUUAAAAAGGAAUUGGGGAAUUUGUCCAGUGAGCAGUGGGCAUGGGCACUGAGUAUUUUUUAUUAUCCGUAUUUAUUCUUCGAACCUGCUUCAACUGUUCUUCUUAAGAGAUGGUCACCGUCAGUGUGGAUGUCGAGAAUCAUGAUCACUUGGGGGGUUAUAUCAAUGUGUCAAGGAGCCACCAAGAAUUAUGCCGGAUUAUUAGCCACUCGAUUCCUUCUCGGUCUUGCUGAAGCUGGCUUUUAUCCUGGUGUCUUGUUUCAUUUGAGUUUCUGGUAUCAUACAGAUAAGAUGCCUUUAAGAUUGGCUUUCUUCUACGCCUCUGGUGUAUUCUCAGGGACUAUCAGUGGACUAUUGGCAUACGCUAUAUCCUUUAUGAACCAAGCAGGUGGACUCUCUGGGUGGCGAUGGGUCUUUAUAUUAGAAGGCAUCCCUGCCAUCCUCUGUGGUGUCUACACCUUCUUCUUCCUCCCAGAUUACCCUGAAGCAUCCCAAUUUCUCUCCGAAUCCGAAAAGCAAACCGUCCUAGACGGUCUCUCCAGCGACGCUCCCACUAUGAAAGCAAAAGCCUUCCAAUGGGAGGAAGCCAAGACCUUGCUUCGUGAUCCUACGGUUAUUUCAUUUGCUUUACUAUGGAUUACCCAUGGCAUUGGAGGUUGGGGGAUAUCUUUUGUGCUUCCGACUGUUAUUUAUGAAUUGGGAAUGACGAACACUGCUGAUUCGCAGUUGAUGACGAUGCAAAAAUCAGCACCCACGAAAAACACGUAA